AUGGGGACUCUAUACUAUCAUCUGAGUUACUGCAGUAUUACAGAGGAACAGUGUGUGGUCCUGACUUCUGCUCUGAACUCAAACCCAUCACACCUGAGAGAACUAAACCUCAGAGGGAAUAAACUAGGAGACUCUGGAGUGAAAAACCUCAGUGAUUUACCGAUGAAGCCACAAUUCAAGCUGGAGAAACUACAUCUGCGCUAUUGCAGUAUUACAGAGGAACAGUGUAAGCUCCUGACUUCAGCUCUGAAAUCAAACCCAUCACACCUGAGAGAACUGGACAUCAGUGAGAAUAAAAUAAGAAACACAGGAGUGAAUCUCUUAUGUGACGUACUGAAGGAUUCACACUGUAAACUGGAGACACUGAGGUUAAGCUGCUGUUCUCUGACAGAUGAAGGUUGUUCUGCUGUGACUUCAGCUCUGAACUUAAACCCAUCACAUCUGAGAGAACUGAACCUCAGCGGGAAUAAUCUAGGAGACUCUGGAGUAAAAAACCUCAGUGAUUUACUGAUGAAGCCACAAUUCAAGCUGGAAAUUUUAGAUCUGUAUAAUUGCAGUAUCACAGUGGAUCAGUGUGUGAUCCUGACUUCAGCUCUGAAAUCAAACCCAUCACACCUGAGAGAACUGGACCUCAGUGAGAAUCAAAUAAGAAACACAGGAGUGAAUCUCUUAUGUGACGUACUGAAGGAUUCACACUGUAAACUGGAAACACUUAGAUGA